AUGAAGAGCCUGGCCAAGCCUACCGUCGAGGCACCUUGGGACUACGGCUUUGUGAUCGGGACUUUCCAGGAGAUGUCCCAGGCACGAAGAUCUUUUCUUUCUUACUUGCAUUCCGAGCGGCCGGGUCGUCGCAGCCCCAUGGUGCACUACAACAGUUGGUACGAUUUCUACAGCUACCAGGACGAGGGCUUCAAUGGUGGUUUCAAGGACCCAUGGCCAAACGAGACGCUAAUAGCUUCUCUGCGACCGGAUAAGAUGAGCGAAGGCAGCUGCUUGCAGAGGGUCGAAGCCUUCGGUGAAGAAGUGGUUAGAAAGCGUGGCGCGCAGCUGGACUCUUUCCUCUGGGAUGACGGCUGGGAUGAUCCUCAGACGCUGUGGGAAUUCGAUAAAGCUCGCUUCCCACAGCGCUUUGACAAGGUUGCCAAGCUGGCAAAGGAGUACGGAGCUGGGACAGGCGUUUGGCUUUCACCCUGGGGCGGAUAUGGAUUUACCCAAGAGGCCAGGGUGAAAUACGGAAAGCGCCAGGGCUACGAGACCAACUACAAUCGGAACAUCCAAUCCGAAGCAUUCAGUCUGGCUGGGAAGAAGUACCGCAAAGCUUUUCACGAAACUGCCAUGAGCUUCAGGCGCGAGCAAGCUGUGAACAUGUUCAAGUUCGAUGGUGUAGCUGGCAAUCCUACCGAGCUCGGUAUGGAGAUGGAGGCAAUGUUGCAAACUAUAGCUGCAUUGCGAAGUGAGAAGGUGAAAGAAUCAAAUGGUAAAGAUGAAGAUGAUGUCUGGAUCAACCUGACAACGGGGACGUGGCCCUCUCCAUUCUUUUUGUUUUGGGCGGACUCAAUUUGGCGAGGAGGUCCCGACAUCGCCACAAGGCCGCGAGACUGGUACGGGCCUGUCAGGGCCCCAGAACACGUCAAAAAGGGACCCUUCACAUUGCCACCACUGAGUGAGAUUGGCCUUGACGGUUUGACUGGUCGACAGCGCUGGAUUCGCUGGCGCAGCAUGGUUGUUUACAUCCUCGUUGUCCGCCGGUCAACCUUCUUCCCUCUGUCGCAACUCAUGAUUCACGGUGUCGUCGUCGCUUCCCACGGUGACGCCUUGCACUGGGGGCUUGACAAAUUUGACAGCGUGGACUUCGCACAGGAAGUUUGGUCAUUUGUAGCGCUAGGACUGCAGCUGCAAGAGCUCUAUGUGGCACCCCGCCACAUGACCACAGAGGCAUGGGACAUCCUUGCUGAAGCCCUGAAGUGGUCUCGUAGAGAGGCAGCCAUCCUGCGAGACAGCCAUUGGGCCUUCGGUGAUGUCACAAAGUACAAGAUCUAUUGCGUUGCUUCGUGGGAUGUUUCGGGCAUGCGCGGGUACAUGCUUCUACACAAUCCAUCAGGCGCGCCUCAAGGAAGCGCUUCCUUCACCCUGCAGGAGGUAUUGGAACUCCCGUUGAGCCAAAAAGGUGACACCUUUACUGUUGCUCUGGUGAAGAGCGCUUUUCGGCCAAGUGAGAAGAGGGAAGGUGCUGAGCGUCUCCCCGGGUGGAACUGCACGGCGACUUUCCAUGAUGGAAGCGAUUCCGCAUGCAGGUUGCCAGCCACGGCAAGGGUGCAGAUUGUUCUAGAGGCAACGGAGGUGCUGGUCCUCUCUGUGGCAGGGAGCAUUGAGGUGUGA